AUGUCCCGCUUGAUACCACAUUACUCCAUGGGGAAGACAGCCUUCCUGUGUGUCGAUCUACAAAAGGCGUUCAGCAAGCGUAUCGAGAACUUCCCAAACUGCGUCUUCGUUGCCAACCGACUGGCACGAAUGCAUGAGGCACUGCCCGAGAACACCAAGUACAUUGUCACAGAGCAGUAUCCGAAGGGUCUCGGGCACACCGUUCCGGAGAUUAUUUUACCCGAAACGGCCCAAGUGAUCGAGAAGACACGCUUUUCAUGUAUUGUGCCGGAGGUGGAGAAGCUGCUGAAAGACGUGAAUAAUGCUGUCGUCUUCGGCAUUGAGGGACACGCCUGUAUCCUGCAAACAGUAGCUGAUCUCUUGGAUAUGAAUAAGCGCGUGUUCCUUCUAAAGGACGGUCUGGGCAGUCAAAAGAAGACAGACUUCAAGGCCGCGGUAAAGCUGAUGAGUUCAUGGGGCCCCAACUGCCAGCUCACCACCUCCGAGUCGAUUCUGCUUCAGAUGACAAGGGAUUCCAUGGACCCCAACUUCAAGGCGAUUGCAAAGCUGCUGAAGGAGGAGCCUCCGAUUCCGCUCUAA